AUGUUAUUAUUGAAAAAAAUUGUCUACACUAAAGCAUUUUCCACCUUUAUUAUCAACCUUCAAUUUCUCACUUUGGUGCGCGCAAGAGUUAUAAACGAAUGCUCAACAGUCACAUCAGAAACUUCGGAAUUUAUAUAUAAUCCGAACACGGCUUGCAAUUCAUUAUAUCCAUAUAUUUAUUGUAACUCCACAUUAUCGACCUACUGUACACUUGAGCAAUGCAUGGAAGAGUACGAAUGCGAAAUACAAGGUGUAAUUGGUGCGCCAGUCGAUGGUAGUCCGACACCCUCUUCAGCGCCGUCUGCUAAUAAUCCAACCACGUCCACAACAACUGGCUCGUCAACCUCCCGCGUAACUCCGUCGACGCCCGCUGCUACGUCAAUCACAACGACUACUUCUUUGGUGCCAACCAGCGCUCCCAUUACAACGACAACUGUUAAUAUGAGAGUCACUUGUCAUGCUGGCGUCACGGGCAAUUAUCCUUACCUAAGCAACUGCCGUUACUACUAUCGAUGUUCCAAUGGCUAUCACUGGCUGCAGGAUUGUGGAUUUAGUAUGUCCUUCGAUGUGAUCGAUGGAUAUUGUAAGAGCACGAAAGUGGCGAGGUGCUCAACGGAAAGUAGGCGUGAAAGUUUUUGGUAA